GCAUCCAUCAUUUCGCUUUCAAGAGCAUUGUCGAAGAAACAGUCCACCUGCAAGCUGGACGCGGGACUUGAUAUUCCUGAGCGCUCCGGUGGUGUUGGCUCUGGUGGUCUGGGCGACAAGCCGAACUUCGACGACCUUGAUCAAACCUUGGGCCUCAAAGUCAUGAAGGCUGCGCGGAAGUUUCGUGCGCGAGGAGGGGAAGGCUCGAAACCAACAUCGCCGAAGUCGGCUAGGAUUCCACCGACGACUGCAGGUGGCUUCCCUUCGAAGACGGCAUCGGUCGAGGAAGCUGAUCACCCGGACAAAAAGCACAGCUUGUCUCUGCUAGCGUUGGUUCCACUGCCGGGGGAUAUUCAGCCACAUGCACCCAGUAACUGCCCCAUGCUACCCAGCGAGCCCUCCGGUGAGUCUUUCACACGAGAACGAGAACCGCGUGCAAAGUCUUCUGGCAUGCCCGGCCGCAGCCCAAACGGGGGCGCUGCGAGUCUCCUUGGCUCCACGGGAUUGACCCAGAGCGAGGUGUCCCUCAGCCAGCUGUUCAAGCACCGGGAGACCCAGCUCAUCCCUGCCAGUCCCGAAAUUCGCUCUAAAGAGAGCCCGAAGCUGCCGAACCUGGCUGCAUUGGAUCUCAACUCGGAGGCAUCAGAUGAGACGGUCAGACUGGAGGUGCUGCCGGUCCAAACUCCCAAAGCUCUCCGCGUCUGUCAGGGCCUCGUAGAGCUUUGGAUGAGACUCUGUGGGCUGACUCCUUUGGUGCAGUGGAAACCAGAGUCCGCUGAGUUUACGGAGUCCCCAGCUCCGUCUCCGCGAGCUCUGGCCGCUUCUAAGGCGUACCACUGUGUCAUUCUUCUGCUGAAUUUCCUUUUCGUUGUGCUGGCGGCCUCCUCUCUGGCGGUGUGUUCAGAUCUGGAUGCUUCAGACGAGGCUUACACCGAGGCCUCGGUCAUGUGUUGCCAACCCCUCGCGACCGAUCUGGCCUUCGGCGUUGGGGCGCUGCUUGCAGUCUGGUCUUGCGGUGGGUUGUACAGCUACUUCAAAAGCUCGCGGAUGCAGCUGCAGAUCCAGGACCAUCUCAUGCAGGAAGUCGACAGUACUGGCCUGACACACCAAUGGAAAAGCCAGAAAGGCGUUGAUGCAGUGGCACUGGGAGGCACGUGGCUCGUUGUGCUGGCUGCUCGUUCAUGGAUCAUUGGAUCGGAGCUGAUGGAACCAAUGGCAGCCGGGAAGCAAGCGCUCUACGCCCUGGCCUGCGCCUGUCUCUUGGGAGCCUGUUAUGUGCAGAUGUCCAUGUGGCGUGGAAUCUCCUUGACGGUGGUGGCCUUUGCUCGGUCCGUCCUGGAAGGUCAAGUCAGCAACCUCCAGGCGCGGCAGCGAUGGCGGGAGGCCAUCAGCUGCAUGCGGCAGACCUCUCGGAUGUUUCAAAUCACAGCCGCAGUGCUGGCACUCACAACGGUGCUGGUCUGCUUCGGGGUCCUCUACGACUUUGACCGACGCCGCCACCUUACUGCGCUGCCAACGCUCAUCGUUGCCGGGAUUCUUCCAGUUGCGCUCUACGUCGCCGCUUCUUCGACUUCUCACUGUACGCGGCUGCCAUCUCUGGUAUGCAUGUUGGAGGAGGACGAAGAGCAGGAGGAAGACUAUAUGAACCUGGCACUUUUCCUCACGUUGAGCGAGUCAGGCUUCUUUAUGUGGGACACCCGAGUGACGCUGGCAGUGCUUCAGAAGUUCCUUUACUUCACCACGGCCAUUGUUGGAACCAUUGGCUUCCAACUCAAGGUGUUCCAUUUCUGA